AUGACCCCCGACAUUGUCGACCGAGAGAUCGAAGACGCAGCUCGAGAUGCCUCGCCGGGGCGCUACCAGCAACGCGCCAGCAACGAGAUUGAGCGCGUGCUCUCGUCGUCCACGGCGUCGUCCUCAUCCUCCGUGUCGGACGCCGGCCACGGCUUCCGCCAGAACAUGAGCCGCGUCUCGACGCAAAACGACCUGGAGCGCCACCCCACGGAGCUGAGCCGGAUCGCCACCGCGCGGAGCCAGCACUCCAACACCGUCGGCAGGGGCCUGCGCAGCCGAACCACCAGCAGAGCCUCCCGCAGACCCCUGCCGGCCUUUGGCGCCGGCAAGCCGUUCCCGCCGCCGCUGCCGGAGCGCGACGAGUACGUCGUCGAGUUUGACGGGCCCAACGACCCCCUGCACUCGCAGAACUGGCCGAUGCGCAAAAAGGUGCUCACGGCCGCCAUGCUGGGAUACACGACCCUCACCUCGGCCUUUACCUCGUCCAUCUUCUCGACCGCCACCGGCGUCGUCGCCGCCGAGUACCACGUCAGCUCCGAGGUCGGCCUGCUCGGCACCACCUUCUUCGUCCUGGGCUUCGCCUUUGGGCCGUCCCUGUGGGCGCCCAUGUCGGAGCUGCGCGGCCGCCGCCUGCCCAUUGUGAUUGCCAUGUUUGGCUUCACCCUCUUCUCCGCCGCCUGCGCGACCGCCAAGGACAUCCAGACCAUCCUCAUCUGCCGCUUCUUCGGGGGCUUCUUCGGCGCCUGCCCCCUGGCCGUCGUCGCCGCCGUCUUCUCCGACAUGUUCGACAACAGGAUGCGCGGCAUCGCCGUCACCCUCUUCUCCAUGGCCACCUUUACCGGGCCCCUCUUGGCGCCCUUUAUCGGCGGCUACAUCGUCACCUCGCACCUCGGAUGGCGCUGGACCGAGUACCUCCCCACCAUCAUGGGCGCCGUCGCCUUCCUCGUCGACCUCUUCUUCCUCGAGGAGACGUACCCGCCCGUCGUGCUGAUUGAAAAGGCCGCCGACCUGCGCCGCCGCACCAGGAACUGGGGCAUCCACGCGAAACAGGAGGAGAUCGAAGUCGACUUCCGCGAGCUGCUGCAGAAGAACUUCUCCCGCCCGCUGCGCUUGCUCUUCACCGAACCCCUCAUCCUGCUGCUCUCCAUAUACAUGAGCUUCAUCUACGGAAUCCUCUACCUGUUCCUCACGGCGUACCCUAUUGUUUUUGUCGGCGUGCACGGCUUCUCGCUCGGCCAGUCCGGGCUGACCUUUUUCGGCAUGAUCUUUGGCCAAUUGCUCGCAGGUGCGGUUGUCAUUAUCCAGCAGCCGCGGUAUAAUCGCAUGCUGGCUGCCAACAAUGGCAUCCCGGUGCCUGAAUGGCGACUGCCUAGCAUGAUGGCCGGUGGUAUUGCCUUUACCAUUGGCAUCUUUUGGUUUGGAUGGACCGGAUACACCAGGGACAUUCACUGGGCUGUCCCCGCCGUCAGCGGCGUCUUUACCGGCUUCGGCCUCAUGUCCAUCUUCCUCCAAGCCCUCAACUACCUCGUCGACUCGUACCUCAUGUUUGCCGCCUCCGCCAUAGCUGGAAACACCCUGAUGCGGUCACUCGCCGGGGCGGGGUUCCCCCUCUUUGCUCGUCAAAUGUUCGAGGGCAUGGGGAUUCAGUGGGCUGCCACGCUCCUCGGCUGCGUGGCUGCCGCGCUGGCGCCCAUCCCCUUUGUCUUUCACAAGUACGGCAGCAGGAUCCGCGCCAAGAGCGCGUACGCCCCGACGUUCGCGGCCCCCCCGGUGCCCGCUGCCCAGGAGGAGGAGGAAACGGGCGACUCGGCCACGGAGAAGGAGGGGGGCGAUCAGGCCGCGCUGGCUAGUGUCCCGAGAAAGGAGGGCGACAAUGCCGCCAGCCAGAAUGUGUAG